GAAGGUGUCUGGCGGCCCAUGCGGGGCCUGAACAUCACUGCCACCGGCGCCGGCCCGGCCCACGCCCUCUACUUCGCCUGCUACGAAAAGUUAAAAAAGACGCUGAGCGACGUCAUCCACGCAGGGGGCAAUAGCCAUGUGGCCAACGGUGCAGCCGGGUGUGUAGCAACAUUGCUCCACGAUGCGGCCAUGAACCCUGCCGAAGUGGUCAAGCAGAGGAUGCAGAUGUACAACUCGCCUUACCAGCGUGUGUCGGACUGUGUGCGGGCUGUGUGGCGCAACGAAGGGGCCGGAGCUUUCUACCGCAGCUACACCACCCAGCUCACCAUGAACAUCCCCUUCCAAGCCAUUCACUUCAUGACCUAUGAGUUCUUGCAAGAGCAGCUCAACCCCCACAGACAGUACAACCCGGGCUCCCACGUGGUCUCUGGAGCCUGUGCGGGGGCUGUCGCUGCCGCUGCCACAACGCCUUUGGACGUUUGCAAAACAUUGCUCAACACCCAGGAGUCCCUGGCCUUGAGCUCCAACAUCAGCGGACACAUCACAGGCAUGGCCAAUGCCUUCAGGACGGUGUACCAAGUGGGCGGCCUGACUGCCUACUUCAGAGGGGUCCAGGCGAGAGUCAUUUAUCAGAUGCCCUCAACAGCAAUCGCCUGGUCCGUGUACGAGUUCUUCAAAUACAUCCUCACCAAGCACCAGGAGGAGCGGCGGGCUGGGAAAUGAGCCAGAGCUGAAUGCCGUUCCAGACCUGCUUCACCUCCCCUCUUGAUUUGUCUGCUGACCCCUCUCCCUUUCGGUUUGGUUUGUGUUGAAGAGAGGGGGCAGCAAAGCCCUUCAGGGUUUAGCAAUGCCGUUUCUUGCCUGUGGCUGCUGCAGCUCUGCUCAGGCUGCACAGCUUGCUCUCCCCCAGGGUCUUCUGAGAUGUCCCACUGAGAGCUGCAGCCCAGGUCAUUUACCCCUGGCACUUCAGUGGAGCUGUGCUCCUAUCCUUUCCAUAACCAAAACCUCCUCACACAAAGUUUGUCCCUCCUGGGAGGGGAAGAUCAGUGUCCUGCCCUGCCUCUGGCAGAGCCAAGCUGAGCUUGCAGUCGCCAAGGAGGGGGCGACAGCAGUGCCUGGGAUGCUGGGGGCUUCGUCUGGCUUUUGGCUGAAGCAAAGUGUAAGCCUUGCCGUUGUCUUGUAGCACGCACAUGUGAUGCUGACUGCCCUGGUAGCGGUGGGGGAGGAUGGCACUUGAGGAGGGGAGCCUGUAGGUUUGUUUUUGUUCCUGCUCUUGACACCUCCAAUAAAAACAGUUCUGCU